AUGUUCUGCAGAUUACAAAAAGCUACCUUAGUAAGAAUCGAGAAUAAGGAAGAAAAUGAGUGGCUAGUAAAAACUUUCUCCAGAGAAGAAUUAUGGUUGGAUUUAAACGACCUGUCUGUGGAAGGAAGAUGGUGGUUCUUCUCAACAGGAAAGCCAGUGACCUACACAAACUGGAUGCCAAGACAACCGGACAGUGUUGGUGAGGAUUAUGCACAAAUGAACUAUCCAGGUCACAAAAGAGGACAAUGGAAUGAGUGUGAACACAAGCUGCGCUUUAUUUGUGAAACCUUUGACAACCUUUGGAAUGAAUAGGUAAAGAAGAGAAAAUGUGCAUAUAAAUUUUACGCAAU